AUGGAGGAUGAAAUUAAUGAUAUUGUAUUUUUAGAAAAAAAACUUGGAAUCAUUAAAAGAAAAAAAGAUUUUGAACUUCAUGAAGAAAAAAAACGUAAAGCAUUAUACAAGAAGAUAGAAAAAGAAGAAGGUGUUGGAGACGAUUUUAUGACUUUAAUAGAUGGAAUAUUAUCAGAUAUCUACACAAAGAAAAAGAAAAAGAAAAAAAUAGAAAAUGAAUCAAAACAUGUUAAAAAAAGUUUAAAUAAUAACAUCUCUAUUCAAUCUCAAAAAUUUGAUUCCUCUUCUCAAUCAAACUAUCAAUCAAUAUUAAAUUGGAAAAAUGAAUUUGGGCAAAGAGUUCAAGGACUUUUUAAUAGGUUGAGUGAAGGAAAUAUGACUUUAAUCUUGGGAAAGUUAAUUGAGCUAAUCAAAUCAACAGUAAGAUUAGCUUACAAUAACCAUAAUUUCGGAAAUGACUCCAUAUUUCAAUUAAGAAAUGAAUCAAUUCAAAUAGCAUUAGGCUAUUUUAACAAUGAUUAUUACGUUGUUCAUCGGCUAAUUGCAAUUACCGACAUUAUUGAGAGUGAAUUAAUUAUGUUAUUUGUAAAAAAUUGCAUAAGUCAGCCUCAUAAUACAGCUUCAUUAAAUACGGUAUAUUCUGCAUUAAUUUCUUCAGUUGGAAUUAUAUUAGAAGGUUGUUUUAACCGAAAAUUAAUGAUUGUCUUAAAUAAGAUAUACAAUGAAACUUUGAGUAAUAUAUUACAGAACUUGGGAUCAAACAUAGAAAAAUAUAAUAAUAAGAUCAUUUUGAGACACAUUACAAUCUCAUUAAUAGCGAUUUAUAGGUGUGGCUUUGUCUCUUCAUCAGUAAUUGAAAAUUUCAUCAAGGCUGGAAUAGAUAGAUAUAAAUGUUCAAAAUCAAAUAUUAUUUACUGGGAGUGUUUUUUUGAUAAUGUGUUAACUAUCAUUAGAGGAUCUGCAUUUUAUAUUAGAGAAGAAAGUAAUUUUGUAUACGAGAAUAUGAUCGAAAGUGUUGGGUCGGUAAUUUCAAAAGCCUAUAAUUUUGAAUCCCAAUUAGAAAAUAAGAUAGAACAGAACCAUUCAGAAUUUGUUGGAAAUCCACUAAGGCUUAGAUUUGUUAUUGAGGAGCUUAACGAAUGGAAAAACAGUUUGAAAAACCAAACAUUAAGUCAAAAAUUAAGAAGAAGAGAAGGAAUAAUUGAGAGACAAUUAAAUACCGUGCAUAAUUGGUCAUUAAACUGUGUUCUAUUGAAACACUUGCAGGUGAUACACAAGAGCAAAAAAAAAAACCAGAAUUCAGUUAUACUAGAGUUAGUGACAUAUCCUAAAACUUUAAUUGAUUACAUAUGGCAAGAAACAAACAAAAAUUUAUUUUUAGGCUAUAUAAACAAAAUUCCUCCAGAAGAGGAUGCAAUUAAUAAAUUGAUCAUUUUUUAUAAUUUGGGCAUCAAAAAACUCAGCCCGAAAUGUGUUGUAAAUAAAGAGUAUGAAACCGUAAAUAGUAAUAUUACCAAUAAUCAGCUGCUUGGCCUAGCUUCAAAAAUGAGAUUUACCUCGGAUAUACAAAAAAGUAUUUUUAUUGCAUUAAUCGGUGCAAGUGACGAGUUUGAUGCAAUAAAUAGAUUAACUUCAUUAAAACUUACACAGUCGAGGACCUAUUUAAGCUCGGUUAUUAAUGUAAUUGUUAUUUCUUCGUUUUCUGAGCAUAUUUAUAACCCAUUUUAUUACAAAGUACUGAAAGGAUUGACCGAACUUCCUGCAGUAAUUUCAAAAAAAAUAAAUGGCGAAAUUGUAAACUGUUUUUCUCAAAAACUUGGAAUUUUACAUACUUUUAAUAUAAGAAAAAUUAUGGUUUUUGCUCAGUUAGUGAAGGACUGUAUUUUUGAUAACAUUUUUGACUUGAGGAUUAUUAGAUUUAUCAAGAUUAACGACAUUCAUGCAUUGGCAGGAUCAAUUGGUUUAUUUUUAAAAGAGCUAAUGAUACAAAUAUUGUUGGAAAAAAAAAAUAUCGAGAAAAGCAGAUUUAUUUUUGAACUAUUUUCUGUUGUUUCAAAAAUGCCAGAUCUUAGAGAAGUCAUUUUGUUUGUCUUACAGGUAUUAGUAAUUCCCGCAAUUGAAAAAAACUUACUUGAAUCUAAUAAUAAUUAUGGGAUCUCAAAAAUAUUGAUGUCUCAUGAAAACUCAAGUUUAUAUCCAAAACAAUUCUCAAUUUUCACGAAUGACGGAGUAAAAUUAAGUUGUAGAAGUUUUGGUAAUAUUCCAUCAAAAGUCCCAGUAAUUGGAAUAAAAAAUAUAGUUUUUGUGUUGGUCCAUCCAUAUGGGAUAAUGGGUGGUAGUAGUUCUAAUAUGCUUGGCUUAGCCUUAAGUUUAGCAGAUAAAGGGUAUGGAAGCAUUAUUUUUGAUCAUAGAGGGAUUGGUAAAUCAACAGGAUACAAAUCAAUUUUCGGGAAUAGUGAAGUUUUUGAUGUAAUUUCUAUAUGUAAUGAUAUUAAAGGCAAAAAUAACAGUAUUAGAGUUAUUUUAAUUGGAUCUUCCGCAGGUGCUCCAAUUGCUGGCUCGGCGGUUGAUGAAUGCGAAAAUGUUGUUGGUUAUAUUGGAAUAGGUUAUGUAUUUGGAUUUUGGCCAUCUUUGUUAUUUAAGCAGCAUUUCAACAACAUUCUUAGAUCUAAAAAACACAAAUUGUUUAUAAUGGGAGAUUCUGAUGGAUUUACUUCCAUCGAUGUUUUAAAAAACAAAAUGCAUGAGUAA